AUGCACAAAACCUACUCACUAAGAAACCAGAGAACUCCCACCGCCUCCGAGUUACAACAACCGCCACCACCACCAGCCACCACCAAGUCCAAGUUCUUCGGUAAGGCCUCAUUGGCCUCCACCUUCCGUAAGUCGACCGCCGCCAAUUUCGGUCCUGAACUAUCCCGUAAGUUGUCCCAGCUGGUCAAGACUGAGAAGGGUGUCCUAAGGGCCCUGGAAGUGGUCGCCAACGAAAGACGCGCCGCCGCUAGACAAUUGUCCCUUUGGGGGUACGAUAACGACGAUGAUGUCUCAGACGUCACUGAUAAGUUGGGAGUGUUGAUGUACGAAUUGGGUGAGUUGCAGGAUCAAUUCAUCGAUAAGUACGAUCAGUACCGUGUCACUUUGAAAUCCAUUAGGAAUAUUGAAGCUUCCGUGCAACCUUCUAGAGAUAGAAAGGAGAAGAUUACGGAUGAAAUUGCUCAUUUGAAAUAUAAGGAACCAAACUCUACAAAGAUCCCUGUGUUGGAACAGGAAUUGGUGAGAGCCGAGGCAGAAUCAUUGGUCGCAGAGGCUCAAUUGUCGAAUAUUACUAGGGAGAAAUUAAAGGCAGCAUAUAAUUAUUUGUUCGAUUCAAUGAGAGAAUUGGCAGAGAAAUUCGCUUUGAUUGCAGGCUACGGGAAGGCACUAUUGGAGUUGUUAGAUGAUUCUCCAGUGACACCAGGGGAGGCAAGACCCGCUUAUGACGGAUAUGAUGCUUCAAGACAAAUUAUUAUGGAUGCGGAAGCCGCUUUGGAAGCAUGGACUUUGGAUAUCGCAGCUGUCAAACCAACUUUAUCAUUCCAUCAAACAAUGGAUGACGUUUAUGGCGAAGUGGACGAAGAAGAAGAAGAGCAGGAACCUCAAGAAGAAGUGGACGAUGGUGCACACGAAAUUGAACAAGGAGAAGGUGAACAACAAGAGGAAAUCUGGGAUGAUGAAGGUGAUGCUCAGGUACCACAAGCCUAG